CUCUCUCCAUCGUGCAUAAUUUACUGACGUUCUAAAUGUGGCUGAAUAUCUUUGCAAAUGACUAUCAUUCAAGUGGUUUUUUUUUUUUUUUUUUUUUUUGCCCAAAGCCAUACGUAAUUGGACGGUUGAGUUUGUAUGAAACGCGGCUAAGGCGGAAGGAUACGCAGCCUGGUAGCGGUGACGUCAUUGGUUGCUUGGUGAAAUGACCCUGAUGGUUUUACACUAAGAUGCUGUUGCUCAGUUUACAACCAGAUCGCCGCGCUGCAACAACCACUCUACGUCCUUGUCUGCGCCGAGCUGACAGAAUGGCUUUUUGAAUUUUACAAGAAGUUGUAACCACGAAGACGCCGUGCUUUGCUUUGGCAACGCACCCCCAAGCUCUCUAUACUAUUUCUCAGCAAGAAUGGAGUUUCACUAUGCCCACCCAGCCCUGCUCUCCGUGGCCCAGCUGUCAGACCCCACCUGCUCCCAGCACAUGCUCGGACUUGGCCUGAACCUAAGUGCCGAUGGACAGAAUGAUGAUGGCGACGCCGUCUCCUGUUUGGAAGACGCUUCGUGCGUGCCCGGCAGACCCCCUCGCUCUCUCUCACCCACAGGCUAACCCCAGCCAAUCACAGGGGUGCAGGGGGGAGGUGUCAGAGGGGAGUCAGCACUUAAUUGGUGAUGUUCUCACCGACUGGAUGACGGAAGAAGUGGACUUCUCCUCGUACCUCCCGAACCCUCCCUCCCCUCCUUCCUCCACAAACGCCUCCCUUCCCCCGUCACCCCUUCGCAAUGACAUCCAGGUGCCCUCCGACUUAGAGGUCAUGACCUCUCUGCUGCAAGAGGAACUAGCCCAACUGGAAGACUACUUCCUGUCCGAGCCACUGCUGGAGAAAGGUCUCAGGCUGGGGAAAUGCGACCGGGGUCCGCUGAUGACGGGCCCUCAACCGUUCAAUCAGCUGCCCUACGCGUCGUACUCCGCACCCAACUCAUCGGAAACCAGCCCGUUUCUUCUAAGCCUGGCAAGCGGAGAACUGGACUUGCUCGGCGUAUGCGGGGGGGCGGUAGGGCGGUCCAAAAUUCCCAGGCACACGCCAUAUAGCUGCGGUCGCCCCAGCCCGUGCGUUAGAAAAAGAAUCCCAGACAGUGUGAGAUUAAGUGAAAAUUAUGACAACAGUUCAAGUUCCAAAGGAAUCAACUCAGGUAACCCAUCACUCAGUUACUGCUGUGUGGAAGAGGAGCAGUCAGUGGGGAAAGGCUACUGCCUGGGCAGUGCCGUCGAGCUCCGAAAAUGUGCCAUUUUAGCAAAAGAAGAAAAAAACUGCUGCUUCAGUCACAACGCUCUUGGCAACGCAAAGCUCGGUGGUGGAUUCCAUUUCGGCGCCUCACUUGACGACUCGUCAAAGAAAGAAGAUCUGUUGAUGUACAGCAUGAGGGAGGUGAGCGCCGGCACCGCUAACAGCGGCACGGCUAACAGCGAGGUGCUGAACAGCAUCAAGACUGGCGUGGAGGUGACAAAAGCGACGGUUUCCUGGAAAGCCCAGAGCAGUGAAAGUUGUUAUCUUUCGACACCACCCCAGUCUGAGACCUAUCAUAGCUUCUUCACCGAGCAGGUCAAAGCGGAGAAUCUGCAGAUAGGGCAGCAUGACUUGCACUGCAAUUUCCUGGAGGAUCCGGGUCCAGAGUGUCUUUUGAUGGCAAGGGACAGUCCGAACUUGGAAUCCUGCAGUUUGGAAGAAGACCACUGUGCUGUGAAAUACGAAUUUGACGUCAUUCCUUCAGAAGUCGGAGGAGAGCGCAAACAGAAGAAGAGGGAUCAGAACAAAACGGCCGCUCAUAGGUAUCGGCAAAGAAAAAGGGCAGAGUUAGAUUCUCUGGAAGAGCAGCUGCACUGCCUGGAAGGGAGGAACCGUGAGCUGCGCGACAAGGCAGAGUCCGUCGAGCGUGAAAUCCAGUACGUCAAAGACCUCCUGAUCGAAGUUUACAAAGCCAGAAGCCAAAGGCUAAAGCAGGACACAACAGGAUAACCCCAAAGUCCCGCCAAGAAAUCAGAACAGGGAAGUUUUCAUGCCAUUUUGAUUGUCCAGGAUUGAAUGUCACUUUGUUUUGAGUCCAUCAUGCAUGAAGCGAUGGUGACAAUGCAUUCACACUCCAUUUCUUGAGGCAGGCAAUGCUGUAAUGACAAUCAUUGUGUCAUGUGUGAAUCUUAAAAAAACUUCUAAAAAAUUACAAAAAAAAGAAAAGAAAACUCAUUACGCGGGUUAAGAUUUUA